AUGAUUGCCAUAGAUUUCAAUUUUGCUGAGGGCCAAUGGCUGUACCAUAUUUCAACCACCUUCUUUGUGGGUGUCAUCUUACCGCUUCUAUAUUACGUCUAUGAAAAAUACGUCACCUCCAGACCAAAUAAGUACAACAAGCUCGAAGCACCUAAAAGACUCGUGUACCCCAUUGCUGACGAGGCGAAGCCUCAUUGGAAGGGUAAGAGAUUAUAUCCACCAACGAUUGGCUUACGUGUCCCAGGUGAGCCUUCCAAGAUCCAGAGUUACUGUCCUGCAACGGCUCAGUACUUGGGUACUUUUGAAUGUACUACCAGGAAGGAGAUGGAUGAACAGAUCAAAAAGGCUGAGGUGGCUCAGAAGGAAUGGGCCAAGUCAAGUUUUGUGGUAAGAAAACAGCUUUUGCGGACUCUUAACCAGUUUAUUUUAGACAACCAACAAGACAUCGCCAGAGUGGCAUGCAGAGAUAGUGGUAAGACCAAGCUAGAUGCAUCUAUGGGUGAAAUUAUGGUCACUUUAGAAAAGAUCAAUUGGAUUAUUGCGCAUGGCCAAAGAGCUUUGAGCCCAUCUGCCCGUGCUGGGCCUUCAUCUUUACUCAUGGGCCUUAUGAAGCAUGCCGAGGUUCGCUAUGAACCCAUGGGAGUUAUCGCAGCUAUCGUGUCAUGGAACUAUCCUUUGCAUAAUCUUAUCGGCCCUGUGUUGGCUGCAUUGUUCAGCGGAAACGCUAUAAUAGUUAAGUGCUCUGAACAGGUGGUUUGGUCAUCAACGUGGUUCAUUGGUAUGAUCCAUGCUGCCCUUCGUCUGCUUAACUUAAGUGAAGACCUUGUUCAGUUAUGUUACUGUUACCCUGAAGACGCUGAAUAUUUCACUUCCCACCCAGGCUUAAAGCAUAUUACUUUCAUUGGCUCGAAGCCAGUCGCCCAGAAAGUUCUACAAAGCGCUUCUACCGAAUUGACUCCUUGCGUCAUUGAAUUGGGUGGUAAAGACUCUGUUAUUGUCUUGGAUGACAUCGCUGACUACAAGCCGCUUUCUUCAGUCUUAUUGAGAGGUACUUUCCAGAGCGCAGGCCAAAAUUGUAUUGGUAUAGAACGUGUCAUCUGUCUUCCUAAGGCCUAUGAGAAGUUGGUUCCAAUUUUGGAAGAAAGACUAGGCUCAUUCCGUCUUGGCUCUGAUAUUGAUCAGCUAGAUGAAAUUGAUAUGGGCGCUAUGAUAUCCGAUAAUCGGUUUUCUGCUAUUGAAGAGCUUAUUGAGGAUGCAGUUUCUAAAGGUGCCCGCCUUCUUGCUGGUGGUAAGCCAUAUCUGCAUCCAAACUACCCCCAAGGCCAUUACUUCGAGCCUACUCUCUUGGUUGAUGUCGACACAUCUAUGAAAAUUGCCAACACUGAGGUUUUCGGCCCUGUGCUCACGAUGAUGAAAGCAACAGACGCUGAUGAUGCCGUUAAAAUCUCUAACAAUACUGAAUACGGUCUUGGAAACUCUGUAUUUGGCUCCUCCUUCAAACAGUGUGACGAGAUUGCCCAGAGACUCGAGUCUGGUAAUGUUGCCAUUAAUGACUUUGCUACAUUCUACGUCUGCCAACUUCCGUUUGGUGGAAUCAAGAAAUCCGGUUACGGUAAGUUCGGCGGUGAAGAGGGUUUGACAGGUCUUUGCAAUGCCAAGUCUGUCGUUAUGGACAAGCCACUCUUGAGACUCCUUGGAGUCAAGACGGCCAUUCCUCCACCAAUUGACUACCCUAUUGCUGACGAUAAAAAGCAUGGGGAUUCGUCAGCGGGCUCAACACCGCAAGUUACGAUUCAAGAUUCUGGAAGAUUGUGA